CAGACACAGACACAGACAACAGUCUGUUGUUAGUGGCACGUCUGCGACGAUCCACCACACACUGAGAAAUGACGGCCCAGAAGGACGGAGCCCCGCACUACGAGGACGGGGACUCGCUGCCUGCCACGGUGGAGGACGGUGGCCCCGAGCCGCUACAGCCGCCAGCUGACAGACUACCCGGCAUCAGGAGUCCUCUGCUGUUGAUGGUACAGACCCUCGGACUGAUGCUGAGCAUCCUCCCAGCAAUACUGUACAGCGUCCUCAGGAAGAUCGUCCCUCCUGCAGGCAAAUCCCUCAAAGAUAAGGUUGUGCUGGUGACAGGGGCAGGGCGAGGGCUCGGCGAGGGACUUGCCAUGAGGUUCGCCAAGGAAGGGGCCAAGGUAGCAGUGGUGGAUGUGUUUCCUCAGUCCGCCCAGGAGACAGCUAGUGACAUACAGGAGAAUGGCGGGAUAGCUAGGGCGUACGUUGCUAACGUAGCCAAGGUAGAGGACAUCCAAAGACUGAGGCGGGAGGUGACGGAGGACCUGGGCCCGGUGGACAUCUUGGUCAACAACGCAGGAUUGAUGUACGGCAACACUGUGACUGACAUGCCGGACACGGACCUCCGCGCAGUGGUAGAAGUCAACCUGCUCAGCCACUUCUGGAUGGCGAAGGAGUUCCUACCCUCCAUGAAGGAUCGCAACUUUGGUCAUUUUGUGGCUAUUUGCCCACUCUCUGCCCUGAGUAAUUUGGUGAGGGAGUUCCUACCCUCCAUGAAGGAUCGCAACUCUGGUCACAUUGUGGCUAUCUGCUCACUCUCUGCCCUGAGUAAUAUGGCGAAGGAGUUCCUACCCUCCAUGAAGGAUCGCAACUCUGGUCACAUUGUUGCUGUCUGCUCACUCUCUGCCCUGAGUAAUAUGGCGAAGGAGUUCCUACCCUCCAUGAUGGAUCGCAACUCUGGUCACAUUGUUGCUGUCUGCCCACUCUCUGCCCUGAGUAAUAUGGCGAAGGAGUUCCUAUCCUCCAUGAUGGAUCGCAACUGUGGUCACAUUGUUGCUGUCUGCUCACUCUCUGCCCUGAGUAAUAUGGCGAAGGAGUUCCUACCCUCCAUGAAGGAUCGCAACUCUGGUCACAUUGUUGCUGUCUGCUCACUCUCUGCCCUGAGUAAUAUGGCGAAGGAGUUCCUACCCUCCAUGAUGGAUCGCAACUCUGGUCACAUUGUUGCUGUCUGCUCACUCUCUGCCCUGAGUAAUAUGGCGAAGGAGUUCCUAUCCUCCAUGAUGGAUCGCAACUGUGGUCACAUUGUUGCUGUCUGCUCACUCUCUGCCCUGAGUAAUAUGGCGAAGGAGUUCCUACCCUCCAUGAAGGAUCGCAACUCUGGUCACAUUGUUGCUGUCUGCUCACUCUCUGCCCUGAGUAAUAUGGCGAAGGAGUUCCUACCCUCCAUGAUGGAUCGCAACUCUGGUCACAUUGUUGCUGUCUGCUCACUCUCUGCCCUGAGUAAUAUGGCGAAGGAGUUCCUACCCUCCAUGAAGGAUCGCAACUCUGGUCAUAUUGUGGCUAUCUGCUCACUCUCUGCCCUGAGUAAUAUGGCGAAGGAGUUCCUAUCCUCCAUGAUGGAUCGCAACUGUGGUCACAUUGUUGCUGUCUGCUCACUCUCUGCCCUGAGUAAUAUGGCGAAGGAGUUCCUACCCUCCAUGAAGGAUCGCAACUCUGGUCAUAUUGUGGCAAUCUGCUCACUCUCUGCCCUGAGUGCUCCGGCCAACGCUGCAGCCUACUCUUGUUGCAAAAGUGGAGUUAAAGGUUUCAUGGAGUCUCUUCGGGCAGAACUCAACUCUCAAAGUAACAACGAUAUUAAGGUUACUACUGUUCUGCCGUACUUUAUAAACACCAGUGCCUCUUAUGUGGAAUUUUUUGAUUUGAGGAUUCCACCUGUGUCUAUAGAAGAGGCAGUAGAGGCCACAGUUGAGGGUAUAAAAAGAGAAGAAGUUGUUUUUACCAUUCCUCGGGACAUGUACUUUUCAGUUCACCUAUUUCAACUAUUUCCACAAUAUAUUAUUGACAAGUUUAAAGAAAUAUUCUACUUCAGGGUAGCAAUCCCGCCAGAAGAAAGAAGGAAGAAAGAACCUACACAACAUAUAAUAUCUCAACUAUCCUCUAAAUAACUACAAUAUGUCAAGUAAUCUACUAGGAUACAUUACCAGUAGGCCUACUGUGGUUUACACACUAAUGAUGAUGCAGAAAGGAGAGAAUGAGAUAUUUCAUCCAACAGUAUUAGCCUACUGUUUGAGUUGUUUUGUUUAUUCAAGGAAUCUUAGCCUGACCUUUGAUAAAAAAUCCUUUUAAAUGGAUGAUUUUGAUUUUAAAACUAACGUUCAUGUGUGAACAUUAGCAAAGGAUAUUAUACCUAAAUUUGGGUGCUGUACAUAAGAAUAUUGAUUAGUCAGUAGUUAUAUUCUGUUCAAUAUGAUACUGUAUAUUACUUUUAAUUCCUGUAAAAUCACACAAUUCCGGUGCCAAAAUCAUGAAGACUUGUUAUAAGCAAGUGGUAGAAUAGUGUAUAUUCACUUUGGAUAAUGUUUUAGAUUUAAUAGUAUUGUACAAAUUUAUGUCAUAGUUUUUAGUUACUCAAACAACCAAAUCAAAAUUUUAAUUUUAAAAUUUAAAAUAGUGAAAUGAAAUUAAAAAUUCAAACGUAUUACAAUUUUUCUUUGAAUAAGGUUGUAAAAUCAAGACACUUUAAAUCAGUCUAAGUGACUGGAGGGAAGAAUCAAUGUAAAAAAAAAAAAAACAUCACACAUACAUAUUUAACAAUAAUAAUAAACUAAUUGAUAUUGUUGUAGUUUAGUAUUGUAAUACUAACAAGUGACACAAAAUUUACAUUUUUACAUUGUAAAAAGGGUUAAUAAAAUUAAAUAAUAAAUGUUUUAGUUAUUCUUGUGCACACCUUAAAAACAAAUUUGGAAUAGUUUUUACUUAAAUUAGUUAAUGUUUAUAGAUAAAUUAGUAUGACCAUAGUAGUAAUGCAAGUUACAGUUCAAAUAAUGGAAAAAAGACGUUGAAAUAGCCAAAGCGAAACGAAAGUGAAUUUACGAGACAUGAAAAAAUAAUCUGACAAAAUUUAAUUAAUGCUUAUAAGUUUUAAUACCAAAUUCUUCCUUUUGAGUGACGUUAUUGUAGAAGUAGUAUGCAUGCCUGAAACAGUAUACAGUAUACAGGUACUAUGUAUACAGGCAAAACUGAUUAUAUGAUGUAGUAUAAAACAAUUCAUUUUGGUAUGAUUGUAAUGAUAGUUCGCAUACUUGAUGGGUCAUUCUUAAUACUCUAAAACGUA